GUUUUCCACGGUCACACAGGAUAAAGCAACUUAUAAUAUUAAGCCUAUCAAAUAAGAAAUAUACAACGCAAAGUACGCAGAGAACGUAAAAUAACAAUCGAAGGAAACCGACCAAGCCAUGAUAAUGUAAUCAUGAUCGUCCACAGUCAGUUCGGGCAUUGUUUUGUAGACAGCAUCAAGUAUAUUUUUUAAAUUUCACGUGCUAAAUUUACAAGAAAUCCUACCACAAUUGCUAAACGAGUCGACGAGGGCUAGAUAAUCCCAAUCCCAUUCCCCGUACCAACGCGAUGUCCAGGAGAGAAGCCAGCCUGAUGGCCUACGUUACGGCAGAGGAGCAACUACUGAACCGCUACUCGCCGCUUGAGGGCGACGAGGUAGAUACGGAGGCCAGCGAAGCUCCAGGCGACGCAUCGGGCGUGGCUGAGGAUCGGGAGUAUCCCACGGAUAUCGUUACAUCCGUCACCAGAUCCUCGAGGACGGGAGCAGAUCUGGACCCCGCCGUGGACAGCAUGCUGCACGUGAUCUCCGACGACUCGGACGUCCAAAGCCUUAUCUCGAGUGGCAGCGGCUUCAAGGGCUGGCCGGAGGAGCAGCCGUCUUCCAGUUUCGUCCCUCAGAGUGAACCCUUAAUAUUCGGACUUCGCCGGCAAAUGAUGAUGGCCGAAGAGACACACCAAGCACCGGCAUGGUCCACCUGCACCCCGGCAAAACGUUCGUACAGCAGCCACGAGGUCAUCGAGAUCAACGACUCGCCCGAAUCUGUCCAGGAUCCGGCCAUUGGACUAAUGCAGACUGUAGUCAGCAGCCCCGGCAUGCUGCUGAGCAAUGGCAAUGUUGACCAGUUCGAAAUGCUGUCCCACGAGAAUGAUGAGGGUGAACAUGAACUUCAGGUGGCCGAGGAAGAGGAGCAGUGUGUGAUAUAUGAGUCAGUGGAUGGAGAGAACAUGGUCGUCUUAGGAGAAGAACACUGCUGUGAGAUCAUAGUAGCCACCCAAGGAGUGGCAUGCGAGCAGGAGUUCGCCAGGGCCAUCAUGAUGGCCGGAAACGGUACCGGAGCAUUGCUGGGCUUGCUGCCCGAGGAGAGUGAUGCGAAUGAGUGUCUCAAUGGGACUGGCUACAUCGAGGAGGUCGUGGAGGAUAUGGGUGUGGCCGAGGCACGAUUGGCGGCUGGAAACAAUGUGUACCUUAGUGAUGCUGCGCUAGAACAGCCUUUAGUGCACCAGGAACUGGUCGACGACGAGGCGCCGGAGGAAAACGAAAACGCCACAUUCUUAGACGACACACCGAUGGAGGAGGAACGACCAGAUAUUUGUCAGGUGUAUGAUCACGAACUGGAGGACCACGAUGAUGAAGAAUGCGAGGACGCAGUCCAGGAAGAACAAGCCCAGCCUAUCGACAUUAUUGAAUUCGAGGGACAGGAGCCGCUGCCAAAUAAUCCGCAAAGAAAGUUGCUUCGCGAACACAGCAGUCCCACGGAAUUUCCCGUCAGCUCAUCCUCCAUGCCCAACGCCAGCGACCACUAUGACUAUGAGGACGAGUUAACGGGCGGUCGACCUCCAUCCAAAGUGGCGCCGCUGAAGCGCAAAUAUCCGCCGCUGAUGAAGAAUACGCUGCAUGGAGAGGCUAUGGAUCGAAGACUGGCAAGCAUCUGUCAGGCUCAGCCGCAGAUGAGUCCCGCCGAGAAAGUCUCCAAUUGGGAAACGGCACCCAGGGAGGAGUGGGCCGAUGUCGAGGAUGUGGAAGGCUUUGAGGUUGCCUUCAAGCAGUAUGAGGCUGUUACCGCAUCACUCAAACAGCUUAACUUUGCCGAGUUCCGUGAAACACUGGUCAGGAACAUGGAGAAGAUCAGCCGUGAAAUCAUGCAAACCUCAGACGAAUCCACUCAAGAGCUUGCCAGCUCUCAGUCGGCGGAACGACCGGUGUAUCGUCGCUAUUUACACAUUUUGCCCACCGAGGAGACAAUUGUGCUAGAUGAUGAUGACGACGAUUGCUACGAGGUGGUGGGCAUGGAAAAAGCUUCUGUAACCACAUUGAUACCCGAGGAGGAGCUACAGGAUGAUCAACAGCCGGAGGAAGAAGAGAUAGUGCUGGCAGAUGUUGAUGACUUAAAGAACACGGACUCACCAAACUUCGAGCAGCGGAACCUUACCAAGGAAACAUCUACAGCAGACCUGGAGAGUAGCGCGCUUACUCAAACGGCAUGUUCAUCCGCUGCGAAUUUAGACCUGGUCGCAUCCGUAUCCUAUACUAAACCGUGUCCAACUGCUCCGACAGGACUUGCUGAUUUUAUGCAGGCGAACUUAAGCGACCGUGGGCCCUCAGAAGAACAACAACUAACCAACGCUGUAUUAAAUGUUAUGCGUCAGCAGGUGCAAACAAUGCAGCAACAGCAGUUUAUGGAGCAAAAGAUGAACCAACAGCCGCAGAUGUAUCACUACGAGGAACUGCCACAGGCUCCCCAACAGAUGCAAAUGGAAGGGAAUCAGGGGCCUUACGUUAACUAUCCGAAUGAGCAACAGGAAUUCUGCAACUAUCUGGGACUCACCGAACUGUCAACAGCAAAUGCCGUGGCUACCGCCAUGAGGGAGCUAGCCAACAGCACUAUCGCUCGCCGAUCGCUGCGGGUGAGACCACAACAGCAACUGGACAGGAUGCGUAGUGAUGUGCGUGGCAAGCGGCGCGAAAGGGAGCGAGAUAGGCAGCAGGAUAAGGACAAGAAGAUACCGCUGACCACCAGUAGUGAGCUUAGCACCGAUAAAGAAGAAUCCUCCCCGCCUCAGACAUCACAAUCCGUUUCGAGGAUGGCGGGGGAUGCGGAUGUCCAUUUCAACUCUCAAUUGCCUGCAAAGCAUAAGCGAAAGCUGAAUCACUUGUACAACUCAUAUUUUGCGGAAGAGGAAGAUUGCUCUACGAAGAGGUCACCCAAAACCACCGACCUUAUAGCCAGUUCCAAAUCCUCAAAGGAUGUAGAGGGGCAACCAUCGCUCAAAGGACAGGAGCCGCAACGUCGUAGAUCCAUUGUGGAUGUCGACGGCUACCAGAAACAUGAGAUAGACAAGGAGUCUGAUAAGGGUCGGUUUCAGUCCGUUGAGGCGGCUUUUACUAAGAUCUUCGAGGCUGCCGCACCUGCCCAAUCCAAGCUGCUGGAGAGCAUGCAGCAACGCUUGCGCCAGGCGCGUGAGACGAAGCCAUCAAUUUAUAUUAUCAAGGCUACAAGCAAUGCCUCGCCCCCGAAUCCAUCUCACAGCAGGCAGGAGUCUCACAUCUCACCGCCGCCCUCGCACUUAAUCGGCGGCUUUGGUGACGUAAGCGCGCCGCAUCCUUCAGUCAUUUCCCAGCCAGUGAAGAAAAGUGUUACAAUAACCAGUCCAGCUAAGGAUACUCUCCAGUCUCCAGUCGCCUUACCAGUGGAUACACCCAAAAAACCAAAGCACAGGAAAACCCAUGGAGCCACCAAACCUGUUGCCGCUACACCGCGACGCCGCACUACCAUGGGUGCAUCCAGUCCCGGGAAGGAAGCUCGUGCACGCGACUUGGUUACCCGCUCCACCACACAUCUUAAUUCAAAGCUACUUCGUAGCCGCAAGGUUAGCCUGCUCAAGAGCUACGCCCUGUCGGAUGAAAUGGCUCAGGGACGAUCGAAACGGAUUGCUGGCGGUGCAGCACAAAACACCAAAAAGGCCCUAAUGCCCAAGGCAGCACGGACGUCGUUAAAGAAACCGCAACCGGUAGAUAAAAGUCUUCCUGAGCAACAUCGCUUGCAGCAACAGCAAUUGGCUCCGCCAAACUCUCCCCGAAAGAUAAAAGGUGUCAAGGAGACUGAAACUGCCACGACAAGUGCAACGAAAUCUAGUCGCCUUAGUAAGCGGACGAAGCGAGCACGAGCCAAGUCACUGCCUUCUAAUAUUGAAACGGUGACUGAACCUGUGGCAGCCGUUCCUAAUGCCACUGUGUUGAGGCUCGCUGACGUGCCCAACACAUUUGCGCCUACACACAGCCAUCUGGUCAACUCCGCAGCCAAAGAAGCCGUUGACAAGACCUUCGUUCAUUCCCCGUCCGUCCCUCAAUCGCCUUAUGCACAGCCCGUGCUUAUUUACCCGCCAUCCCCAACAACACCGCCACCGAAUACGGAGCUGCAUCGCCCGCGCCAGCAAGCCGGAAAAGUCAAUCCAGCUGACUUAGUCCUGGCCACCCCUCCUGGUGGUCUGCUGCGACUCAGUCAGGGAUCCGCGACGCUAGCAAAUCCACUUUCUGCCAAGCACGGCCAGGUUCUCUAUAUGUACUACGAGCUGGAACAGCUCAUUGUGCUGCAGGAGAAUUGCAUUACCUUCUGGAAGUACUCCAAAGUGUUCAACGUGCUGCAUCAAACCCGACAUAAUCCGUCCUUUGAUGGCGUCAGAAAAUCUCCCCCUCCACAGUUGCCCCAAACACCUUCGCGCGAGCCCAAAGAUGUCGAGAAGGAGCUGGAUAAGGGCCCGCGAUGGGUUUACCUGGGCAGAGUGCGGCGCCUGACUAGCGAGAGAGAGAUCUUCACGCCGUUUGGCAGCCGCAUUUGCGUGCACAAUUCGACGCCAGUGUACCUGGAAAUGCGGAGCAGGCCGCUGGACCAUCACAAGAGAGAGGUGAAGCUAACCUCGUUACAUGUGAAUGUGUACUACUUCUGCGAGGAGGAACUACGACCACGUAUGCACUCGGUGCACUUGGAUGCUGUCAAUUGCGAAUGGCCGCAUGUCAUAUACACAACUAUAGCGGAUUCGCGCUACUUCGUUAUGGCAUGGCAGCAGGAACUGGUGAUGGGCAAGUCGCGCUCGGGCAUUUGCAAGUAUUCACUGACGCCCACGCUGGAUACCCUGGCCUCCAUACGGGAGUUUAAGCAGUUGCGCCACGAGCUGCGUCACAUUGAGUGCCUUUCAGAGGAUCGCCUUAUCGGCUACGGCCAGAUGCGCAUCACCGUCUGGGAUCAUCGCAGCGGCGAUACUCUGAUGAACUACGACUUGGGCCGGCCGCUGGGCCGUUGCCUGGCUGCUAUGCACUAUCCUAGCCUCGAUAUGGACCAAAGCAGCAUGCUGGUGCUUUACCAGCUGCUCAAAGAACCAAACAAACCGGCUGAGGUGCAUGUGAUCGCCUGUGAGCUAUCCCAUGCCACGCCCUCGCACCGCCUGCUGCAGGUCCAUCGCUUACCAUCGCCGCAAUUCGACGAUGCCACGGAGGGAGUUAACACUGGUGAUCACCUGAUCAUCAAGUCAGCAUCGAACGACGAGGCCUGGAUAAGUGCCGCCGAUCCGAGACAGCUAACCUAUUUGGCGCCGCAAAGCAAUGGGGCGCAGCGUUUUUAUGCCCGGCACAAGUCCCAAGUGAUCGAGAUGUCCCCGCAAUCCCUAACUGUAGAUAGUAUCGCCAAUCACAUGCUGAAAUUGGCUGUCCAGCAGACCCAAUCGGCGUAGACCUGUGUCGCGGAACUUGGAAUGUGGAGUCUUGGCCUUGAACAAAGUUUUUGUUUUUUUCACACAAACCCAUGUUGAAUAUCACACAGAAUACCCGAUCUAUAAAUGUGCUUCUGGCUGUCUGCCCAAGUAUAGUUCAAAUAUACGAAACUAUAAAAAAGUUGCGUCUUAAACCCGUAGUCCUAACAAUCACGAUCAUCCAGAAGCAUCAACAUUUCGCCUUAGUCUUAAGUAAGUCGGAGAGUAGUAGCCUUUAUUAUGCGCUAUUUUGAAAUAAGUGUUUUUGUUUCUUUCGUUCUUUUUAUUUUUUCUAAAAGAAAAACAAAACUAGCUUAAGCUACCGUAGUUUUAGGCUUAUGAAUUCAACUGUUUGAUUUGCUACUACCGACUGAAGUAGUGAAUUUGUCAUAUUUUUAAGAUCAAUUGAAACACCAAAAUGGAAAGAAAUAAAUGUCAUUAAAAAGGAAAUCCUAUUAAA